UGAUUUUUAUUUCCAGUUUCUUUCCCUGAGACAUCUGUAUAUUAACAUUGUUUCUCUCACGGUAAGGAAAUAUCUUCACUAUGAAUUAAUUUUUAAAAAUUACCUUAAAAUUAUAAUCUUGAAAUAAAUGGCUUUAUAGCAGUCUUCUUCAUGCCCCUGCCUGCACAGCUGGGCAAGGAUGGCAAAGUUAUCCACGACUUUUAGCAUUGUACUAAAAAAUAAUGCAAACUGUUUCCUUGCAUAGGUCACCUCUGGAAUAUUGAUUUUGGGGGCUGAUAACGAGAUUUUUAAAGGAUAUGGGAGAAAAAGCAUUCAAAAGAGCGGAAUUAUUGAAAGAAUGUCUUGGUACCUUGCAAUACAAAGAUGUAGAAACUCAGACACAGGGAGAAUGGUGCUUAGUAUGUCAUGACAUGGCUUGUAAAAUAAAAAUUGAAGUGGUUUCUGUUUCGAUUUUUAAAACUCUCCAAUUUUAUUAGAUUUUGCAAAUCCGAAUAGGAGCUGAUGAUUGGCUUUAAUUUUUGUCUAAGUAACCGGUUAGCAAGAGUUUUUAAAAUGCUUAUAUUAUUACUUGAGUCAAUUUUAAAUAAAAAUAAAUAUUUUCAGGAAUAGUUUAGGUGGUAAAACCAUUAUUUGGUCUUCCUUACACUAUGGUUGGAGUUGAGUAAAUUUUUUGGCCAUUUAAAUUAUUAUUUAUUGCUGUUUAGAAUAAAAAUGAGUCAUAAUUUUGCUUCUGCCAGCAUUUUGAUUACCUCCUUUACAUUCAGGAUUGCUAGAUUCGUGUAGUCUGUCUUUGCAACUUUAAGUAAUAAAUUGCUCAUUUAGAAAAUUAUCUUCAUUCAGAGGAACCUUUUCAAAUUUUGUGAAAUUGCUAACCUCCCAGCCUCAUCUCUUCUUUAAGAAACUUUAGAGAAGCACCCAAGGCAGUUAUUGCAUUCCAACUACAAUAAUCUAAAAAAAUGCAAAAAGUUCAACUGUGCUUUCCUACCAGAAUCAAAUAUGGUUAAAGCUCAACUGGUAAAACAGCUGCUGCUUUUUGCAUUCUGAUUGUGGUUAGAGGCAAAACUGAGUUUACAUUGUGAAUGUGCCUGCAGGACAAGACUGAGAUUAACUAACAAUAAAAUAUUCAUGAACUAGAAGCAAGAUCACAGGCAAAUUUAUCUUCAGGCUUUUGUUUCUGGUUUACUUUUUUUAACUUAUUUUACUUUUUUAACUUUACUUUUACUAGAGAAAAGGUUAUCUGGGCUUUGAGGCCUUCUGUAGCCCAGGAGCACAUCUGAAAGGACACAAUUCUCAUUCAACAGUCCUUCACAGUCACUUCAGUUCUCUCAUUGUUUCCUUUUCCAGCCCUGGUCUACUGGACCCCAAAGGGAAUCUUCCAGCUUGAGGAGUUCUGACUCUCUGACCACUGAUCUUGCAGAAAUCCUUACCAAUGCCACCUGUUUUAUGCCAUCUGUUAUCUUAGAUUGCUUGUUUUCCUCCUUUGUCACUCCCUUUGUGGCUAUCUCUAGUCUAAUGGAGCUUCACAGAUGUUCCUAGAAGUGUUACUCAUGUAGUAGCAGGGUGAUUUGUCUCUAAUCCGUGUGUGUUGCAAUGAAAAGGGUCUGAGAAGUGCAGCUGGCCCUGGAGAGGUCCUGCAUAAACACUGUACUGCCCAAAUUAGUGGCACAACUCCAUUUAGCAGAAGUCUGACAGUUCACAAUAGCAGGAAAUUUGUUUUUCUCUUUGCUUUUGCAUUUGGAUAUGAUGUAUUAAAGAUGAUAUGCAAGAAUGAUGCAGAACAUGCUGACAUGAGUUACUGAAUAAUUGCCUUUUUAAAGAGAAGUGGAGAAAUUAUUUGCCUGACAUGCUACCGUAAGAUGCUAGUUUGUUGUCUACAUAAUUCAGUAUCACCUUAAAAUCACAUUUUAUAUUAUAAAUACUGGUCUACUAUUUCAAAGGCAUCAGAUGGAAAUAAUGAUGAGCAAUUAAUUAGCACCUUGCAGCUUCAGAUGGCAAAUUAUGGUCCAGACACUCCUUUGCAAUUAGUGCAUUUUUCCUCUCUUUGUAAGCAAAGCCUGACACAGAGUGGUGAAAAGAAGGCUGUUGCAUUUGUUAUUUGGGAAGUAAGGGGUGGUGCAACUUCACUGUGCUUUGGUAAUUGUGACCAAAAAAAGUACCCUUUAUUUUUUUAUUUUCUGCCACAUUUUUCCCCCAAGUCAGCCAUCAAGAAAUGGCCAAUCCAUUACCUGUGGUCGCCCAGGAAGAUUUGGAAAGCUUCACCUUGACCAGGACAGUCUCAGGCUUUGCACUCAAAGCCUUUCAUAUUUCCUGGAACACUCCCAUCUCUGUGAAGCUGCUGACCAGCCAGGACACUACAGACAGGGAGUGGAAGUUGCUACUUCAGGACAUAGCAAGUGUCAGACACUGUGAGUCUGAACGUCUCUUGCCUUUCCUUGGGAUUUACCAGUACCAUGGACUUGUGGGGAUAGUGACUGAAUGGAUGAACAAUGGAUCCCUCCACUCCCUCAUCCAUGAGCAUCAGCUGUACCCAGAACUUCCCUUUCCCUUACUCAUAAGGAUCCUGUCGGAUGUGGCUGAAGGGCUGCAUCAUCUUCACAGCCUCGAACCUACUCUCUGCCACUGCAGCCUGAAACCUUCCAAUGUGCUUCUGGAUGUGCAGUACAGAGCCAAGAUAUCAGAUUAUGGCCUAACCAACUGGAGGAAACAACAACUGAGGUCAGACCUGCAGAGCUGCCAUCAGAGAAACUGCCAGGAUUUAGUGUAUCUUCCUCCUGAAAUACUUGGAGGAGGCCUCCCUUCCCAGGAAGGUGAUAUUUACAGUUUUGGAAUCCUGUGUUGGGAGAGCCUCAGCAGACGGAAACCUUUCGAAGGUCAAACAACCCUUGAUGUUUUGAGAGGAAUCCGCAACAGUUUGCGGCCAGGCCUGUCAGAAAAGUUCAUUCCAAGCAAUUUGCCUGAGAGGAACAGACUGUUGCACCUCAUUGCUCUGUGCUGGCAUCAAGAACCAGAUUACAGACCACAUACUGCAGAAUGUGUGCACCUUCUAAAUGGAGUUUUGACUAGUAUAAAUAAGGAGGUAAUUUCUGCAGCAAUCUACAAUUUGAUGGAUGCAAAGGAGAGAGCGCUUAAUGCAUGCAAAGGCUCAGAGGUGUACACACUGCUGAGAGGCACUUGCAAUACAGAGAUCAUCUGUCCACAAAAAGACAACUGCUUAAUCAGCAAGAAAAUUCCUCUUGUAGUGCCAAGCUUGUCAACUGUUCUACUUGAUAGCAGUGGAAACAGAGCAGGAAGAGAUAAUAUUGAGAUGGAUGUGUCAAAUACUACCCCACAGAAUGCAACAGCAACAAAAGAUCACCCAAACUCCAAGAGAAGAAAACCAAGCUCGUUUUGCACAACUCUUUCAUCUGGUAUAACUGCAGGCAAAGAGAGCAGUCAGCAUAACUCCCCACCACUGGCUCUUAUGCACAGACCACAACCAGUGCACCUUGGACAAGCAGUGACAGGUCUUUGCAGCAGAGGAAACUGCUGUCAUAUCCUUGCCUGCCAGAGACAGACCAUACUGAGCUGCAUGACAGAAGGGCGCCUCAACCACAUCCUGGACGUGCUCCGCUCCCAGCAAACGCUGUCCCGAGUGGACUAUGAAAGCAUCACCUCGUACCCCACAGUGACCGGCCGUGCACGGGCACUGCUGGACACUUGCCUCUGCCUCGGUGAGAGGGCAGCACAAGCUGUAGUGACUGCACUUUCAGUGAACAAAUGUAGUCCUCUGGGACAAGUCAUUCACUGCCCAAACUGUCCUUCUAAGAUAAACAGGCUGUUGUGACUGAUUUUUUCACAG